UCCUCCUCCUCUUUGUAUGUCAGACUUUGUUUCCCUGCAGAGAGGAGCAGUUGUGUUCACUGAUCGUCGGCUGGAUAUAAACUCCUCAUGGAUCCGUUCUGAUAAUCUGGAUAUCUGAAUAUGAAUUUACCUCCUGAUUGAUUGACUCAAUGCUUUAUUGAUUAGUUUUGAUCAGUGAUCAGAAACUGUGGAGUGACUGAGUCUGACUGGCUGUUUAAUGCUGACUGGUCCAGAGCGACUGACACGAUGUUGACCAUCUCUGUUCUGCUGCUGCCGUUGCUCCUCUCCUCCCCUCCUGUCUCCUCGUCUCCUCUGGCCAAGGAUCAGUCGGUGUGUGCCAGGACUUUCUGUGGUGCAGGACGAGAGUGUGUGUCGACCGACAGAGGAGAGCCAGUUUGUCGCUGUCUGGAGCAGUGUGAUGUGACGGAGCACUGGGUGUGUGGCAGCAACGGCAGGUCCUACAGAAAUCACUGUGAGCUGCACAGAGACGCCUGCAUCACUCACACCAAGAUACAUGUGGAGCACAGAGGACACUGUCUGGAGAAACCAACACAGGCAGACGUGAGCCCCAUCGUGUGUUUCCUGUCUGAUCGUGAUUGGCUGAGAGACAGAGUGAUCCAGUGGAUUCAGGAGGAAGUCGAAUCCAACAGCCUGACGUCCAACGAGACCUCAGCCAGUCAGCUCCUGCAGACGUACUUCAAGACGUACGAUGACGGGGAUUCAGAGCUCGACUCCAAAGAGUUCCUGAGCUUCUUGAAGCACAACGAGACGGCGCUCAACAUCACCUACUCUAAUACUCUGGAGACCAACAUGCUGCUGAGGUCUCUGUGUGUCGAUGCUUUGAUCGAGCUGUCGGAUGAAAACGCAGACUGGAAGCUGAGUUUAACGGAGUUCAUCAACUGUCUGACACCCACCUACCAUCCAUAUGAGAGAAAGUGCGCUCUGGAGGACGAGGUGUUCGAGGACGGAGCUGAAACUCGCAUGGAGUGUAACAAGUGUGUGUGUGCCUGUGGAAACUGGGUGUGCACCGCUCUGACCUGCAAUGGAGAGCACCAGGUGGAGGAGGAUGUUGAGGACGGAGCAGAAGAAGAAGAAAUGACAGAAGAGGAGUGGAGCAGGAGAGUGGCCGAACUCAACGCUCUACAGGACAGUCGACACUGAAAUGAGACCUUCAUGAGACCAUGAGGUCCCGCCCACUGCGCCUGCAGCAGCCAAUCAGCAGCUGAGCUCCUGAGAAGAGGAACGUCUCAUCAUUAACCAGCACAGUUUCUGUUGAUAGUGUUAAGCUGAUUCAGUCUGGUCGCCUUUCUCCACACAACAAUUUGCAGUUCUAUAUUUUCAUAUAUCUGUACGUCUGGAUUUUUAUUGAUCCUUUACUACGGGUGAAGUUUUACAUUUUCAAAGAUGGUUUCAACUUGUCACUGUUUUCUAUGUGUGCAUGUAAUUCUGCCAGUUUUUAGGUAGUUCAGCUACUAAAUGUCUAAAUGUUGAUUUUGUUCAUUAUUUAAGAAAUAAUAAUUUAAAUUUAAGUCACUUUAAUUCGGCAAAGAAAAUUCUAAAUACUGGUUGAGUCUGGUAACAUUCAGGAUCUUUGUUUCAUUGAUGAGGAAAUAUUUUGUGUGUUUGGGUUGUGAAAUUAACACAGAUUUUUUUAUACAACUGUUGCUCUAAUAAACACUUUUGUCACA